AUGUCUGCUACACAAGCCUAUCCAUCUUCUAAUGUGCAGGCUAAGCCUGUAAAAAAAGAUGGAACACAGGAGAACGAGGCUUGGUAUGCAAAUGGCAUUUUUGUUAUACUUGUGCAUCUAAUAUCUGUAAUUUCAUUCUUUACUUAUGUGCCAAGUAUAAAUACGAUAUGGUUGACUGUGAUCCUAUUUCAAUUAGGAACUUUUGGUAUAACUGUUGGUUAUCAUCGUUUAUGGAGUCACAGAGCAUAUACUGCUCGUCUCCCAUAUAGAAUUGCUCUUGGAAUUAUGGGCUCACUCGCCUUCCAAGGGUCUAUCAAAUGGUGGGUCCUUCGACAUAGAUUACAUCACAGAUUCACUGAUACAGAACAUGAUCCUUACUCUGCCGCUAAAGGUUUUUGGUUUUCUCAUAUGGGUUGGAUUUUUACAAAACCACAUUAUCCACGAAUGAAGCUCAUAGAUGACUCAGACUUAAAAGCUGAUCCUGUCGUAGUAUUCCAACAUAACCAUUACGUAUCUUUGGCUUUAUUAAGUGGUUUAGUUGCUCCAACUAUUAUCGCUGCUACUUGGGGUGACGCUCUUGGUGGAUUUUUAUAUGCUGGCGUUUUCGGUCGUGUUUUGGUUUGGCAUAGUACUUUCUGUAUAAAUAGUUUCGCUCAUUGGGCUGGUGAUCAACUUUAUUCUAAUGAAAUCUCUGCUCGCGGUAAUUUAUUACUCGCCAUAAUGACAAAUGGUGAAGAUUAUCGUAAUGGAUAUGGAUUAUUUGAUUAUGAUCCUUCAAAAUGGUUUAUCUGGUUUUUCCAUACCUGCACAAAUCAAGUUUCAUCCGUUGCUAGAGUUCCUGAUAAUGAAAUUCGAAAAGCUCGUUCAAACAUGAAAUUGCUUGAAGCUCAACGAGAACUUGACGGAUGCGAUUGGGGUGCAGAUCCAAAAACUCUUCCUAUAAUGACUUAUGAAGAAUAUCAAAAGAAAGUAAUAGAUGAAGGAAAAGAAUGGAUAUUAAUCGAUCAAUUUGUAUUAAAUGUUGAACACUUUAAAACUUCACAUCCUGGUGGAUCUAAACUAUUGAAAACAUACUACGGAAAAGAUUCUACAAGAGCUUUUUAUGGUGGAUUAAAUAACCAUACAAAAGCUGCGAGAACUAUGUUAGCUAUGUUUAGGGUUGCUAAAAUUGAAAAGGUUGAGACUCUAUCGUAA